CGAGAACGGGGAGACGGCGACGGCGGAUAAGCCCGGCAAAUGCGGGGGAAAUGGAGUCGCCUCGGCCCGGGAUGCCGGCCGGUCUGAUGUGACAAAAUCGGCGGGGGGAAGGACACUCGUUCCCCUCUCCAUGCGACGACGUCAUCUCCCUCAUACAUCUCUAUCUCGUUUCGGGAUCUGUGCACCUUGGCUUCAUUCAGAUCGUAUUCAUCCGUCUCAUAAGUAGCAACGUGCGGCUCACUCGGUCACCUUGGUGUAAGCUAGCUGGCAGACUGCUCUGUUCAAUCCGUCUUAAAAUCACCUCAAUAUUUCCCGCUACCCCGCGAAAAGAGCCCCCUCCUCCCCCUCUCUCCCUCGAUACAGACUCGCCACAUCCUACGGCCGUCCGUUGCCCGCCGUCCAUCGGUCCUCGCCCGCUAGGGAACAUGGCAUUUAUCCGCCCCUACAAGGCGUCCGACUUUGCCGCGACAGGCCACAUCUGCCGCGCGACGCUCCCGCCGUCCCUCGAGCGCUCCGAGGCAGCAACCAGAACGGCGCCCUACAUCUGGACGCACCAGUUCACGCUCCUGUCCCCGGAGACGUGUCACAUCCUCGACGACGGCCAGGGCACGGCGGUGGGCUACUGCAUCGGCUGCCCCAACGUCAACGACCUGGCCGACGCCUACCCGCGCUACGUGGCCGAGGUGCUCGAGAUGUCGCCGGAGCUCGCGGGGCGGAAGCCCGAGAGCCUCGAGACCAAGGCGCCGUGGACCCUGCCCGGCACGGGCGAGGUCAACGAGGAGGCGCUGUUGCAGCAGGCCUUCAACCCGACGUGGCUGGUGCUCGACGAGGAGCGCAGGGACCUGUGGGGCGCGUGGAGGGCCACGAUGCACAUCGACCUGCUGGGGCCGUGGCAGGGUAAGGGGUGGGGGAGGAAGCUGGUGGAGAGCUUCGUCGAGAGCCUGAGGGAGGCGGACCGGCAGAAGGGCGACGGGGGCCUAGAGAGGCUGUACGGGAAGGGCGUGCACAUCGGCGUCGGGGGCGAGAACGACAAGGUGGUGCCGUUCUACGAGAAGCUGGGCUUCCGGGUGUAUCCCACCGGGGAGAAGGGCUCGAUCUGGAUGACGCGGGACAUCGAAUAGAUGAGGCCACCAUAGAGAAGAACCAUGAACUUCAUCAGAACAGGCUUGAGGGGGUCCACCAUUAUCACGAACUCGACCGAGGUCACGGCAGGUGAGUCACUAAGAAGCACGAAGUUGGGUUGGCAAAGGACUACUACGUGCGACGCUGUAUUAUUCCUCUACCAUAAAACUGGAAAGGGAAAAAAAAAAGAAAAAAGAAAAAAGA